AAAGCACUUUGGGCAACGAAUUAUGCCGCGUUCAAACGCUAGUUGGAAACUGAAAUGUCCAAUUUGCUAACGUUAAACACGGCACGUUUAUAACUACAACCAGUUAAGAGAGGCAGAAAAGUCCUAGUUCUGACUAGUACUUGAACGCGGCAGUAAUUGGUUGUAGCAGACCGGACUUUGUUGAAGUUGGAGGUAUUCCGUUACUGUACCUCCAACAUUUACUGUACCUCUCAAGGAAACUGCAAAAACGUAGUUCACAAGAUGUAUACGUUUAUGUUAAUUGUUUUAUAUUUCGCGACAGAAUGUAUUGUUCAGAGCCAAAGCGAGAUCUACUCGUUGAAUUACAUCUACACUGCCCUCUCAAAGCCAGUUGAAUUGCCUGGUAUCCAUGAGUUCACUGCCAUGGGCCUGAUGAAUGACAAACAGAUUGAUUACUAUGACAGUGUGGAUAAAAAGAAGAUUCCCAAACAGGACUGGAUGAGGGAGAAGCUGCCAGCAGACUACUGGGAAAAAGGCACUCAGUCACGCAAGAGCAAGGAGCAGUGGUUCAAAGUCAACAUCAACAUCCUGAUGGACCGCAUGRGGCACAACAACACUGAUGUUCAUGUCCUUCAGUGGAAACAUGGAUGUGAGAUUGACAAACAGCCAGACGGCACAUUGAAAUUCAUAAAGGGCACUGACCAAUACAGCUACGAUGGUGAUGACUUCUUGGCCUUUGAUUUUGCCACUAUGCAGUGGGUGGCCUCAGUUGUUCAAGCUGUGCCGACUAAGAGGAAGUGGGACGGGGUGCAGAUCCUCAACCAGUACACCAAGGGCUACCUGGAGAAGGAGUGUGUGUACUGGCUGUCCAAAUUCAUGGAAUAUGGGGACAAAGAAUUCAGUAGCACUGACCCCCCUCCAAAUAUCUCUGUUUUUGCUAAAAAAGCCACACCUGCAGGAAAUGUCCGCCUGACCUGCAUGGCRACAGGUUUCUAUCCCAAAGAUGUGAUAAUUCAUAUUAAGAAGAAUGGGGUCCAACUGACCGAAGACGAUGGAGUGCAGUCUGACGGAGUCUUACCCAAUAAUGAUGACACCUACCAGAUCAGGAUUAGUGUGCAGAUCCCAGAGGCAGACAAGGAAAUGUAUGAAUGCUCUGUCAGCCAUACAACAUUGAACGAGUCAAUUGUGAAAAAAUGGGAUGGAACAUGCCGUGAUUGUAGCCAAUCCACAGUUGCURUCAUUGCAAUCAUCAUCAUUGUUGGUGCUGCUGCCAUUGGCAUAAUUAUCGUGCUGUUUCUUUGGAGGAAAGGCAAAAUAUGUGCUGGUAAAUCAGGAGCUCUACCACCUMCUGGGAUCCAGRCCCCUCUAAAUGGCAAUGGGAAUGGAGCGACCAAUUCGAACUUGACCACCACACCAAUGACAAUGGAUGGCGCUAGCGGCAUUUCCUCUGACUCAGGCAAAUAUGAGGAUGGAAGUAGCAACUCAUCAGACUCUGGUCAAGGCAGCCAGAAGGAAAAGUCUUCAGACGGAGCCAGUGAGGAGGAAGUUAAGAUGCCAAUGCUGCCUAAUGGAAUACAUCUACACUGCCCUCUCAAAGCCAGUUGAAUUGCCUGGUAUCCAUGAAUUCACUGCCAUGGGUCUGUUGAAUGACAAACAGAUUGAUUACUAUGACAGUGUGGCAAAGAAGAAGAUUCCCAAACAGGACUGGAUGAGGGAGAAGCUGCCAGCAGACUACUGGGAAAAAGGCACUCAGUCACGCAAGAGCAAGGAGCAGUGGUUCAAAGUCAACGUCAACAUCCUGAUGGACCGCAUGAGGCACAACAACACUGAUGUCCAUAUUCUUCAGUGGAAACAUGGAUGUGAGAUUGACAAACAGCCAGACGACACAUUGAAAUUCAUAAAGGGCACUGACCAAUACAGCUAUGAUGGUGAUGACUUCCUGGCCUUUGAUMAUGCCACUAUGCAGUGGGUGGCACCAGUCGAUCAAGCUCUGCCGACUAAGAGGAAGUGGGACGGGGUGCAGAUCCUCAACCAGUACACCAAGGGCUACCUGGAGAAGGAGUGUGUGGACUGGCUGUCCAAAUUCAUGGKAUAUGGYGYKAAAGAAUUCAGMAGAGKUGACUCCCCUCCGAAGGUCUAUGCAUUUGCUAAAAAAGCCAAAACUGCAGGACAUGUCCGACUGACCUGCAUGGCCACAGGUUUCUAUCCCAAAGAUGUACUAAUGUAUAUUAAGAAGAAUGGCGUCCAAUUGACCAAACAAGAUGGAGUGCAGUCUGACGGAGUCUUACCCAAUGAUGACGAGACCUACCAGAUCAGGAUGAGUGUGCAGAUUCCAGAGGCAGACAAGGAAACUUAUGAAUGCUUUGUCAAKCAUACAACGUUGAAGGAGCCAAUUUGGGUCAAAUGGGAUGGAAAAUGCUGUGAUUGUAGCCAAGUCACAGUUGUUGUCAUUGUUGCUGUUGUUCUGGUGGUCCUCAUAGUAGCCUUGGUUACCUCACUGUUGGUUCUUUGGAAGAAAGGCAAAAUAUGUGCUGGUAAUACAGGAGCUCUARCACCUACUGAGAUCCAGGCCUCUCUAAAUGGUACUGUUGAUACAAUGUCAUUUUCCUUUCUUUAACAAUUACAUGUAAGUUGAAGUC